UAAUUGUCUGGAUAGCUCUGGUAUCCAUUUCUGUACACUAGUCCUCAUGUUAUUAGUACAACGAAUUUUUUUUUUUUUCUUCCUUUGGGAAACUCCUCUGUUCCAAUUGACUCUAUAUGUAUCGUUUUUUUCUUGUUCACUUUGAUUUCUUUGCUUCCUUUGUACUUGUAUAUAGAAAUGGCCGACCUACCGAAUGCGGUAUAGCGUCAUCCCGAUGAAUCUGGAAUCUCGGCCUCUCUUGAUAGUGAUAACAACAGCAACACUGUCCUCACCACCGUUCUUGCUGGCUUACCAGUCCUACAUUGUAUCUUUUUAUUCAAUUUCUACAGGGUACUUUAACCAGUGCUUGACUUCUCUGCUUAAUCCUCCCACGGUCCGGUUAACUACUCGCCGUUCGGCACAUGCGCCGGAGCUGCUCCUCAUACCAUCACCCCUCUACAGCAAUCGGCGAGCAGCGCAACGCACCCCUUUCAAUAUUAGAACGAACGGCUUGAUGAGUGCUGGAGAUCUUUCACCGGGCCGCCGUCCAAGACCGUUUGGAUGCACCCUCUAAACCCCUUCCUUCGUGCCUUCUUUCGAAGCACUGUUCCCGGGCAAUGUCUGCCUAUCGAGAAUCAUGU